GAAUAGCGCGGCAAGUGGCGGUGUGUUCAUGUAUAAAGUACAUCCUUUCUUCCUUAUAUUUAUUUCUUCCGCUAAUUAUCAGUGAAAGCUCCGGUGAUCAAUGAGUAUCUAAUAACCGUGUGCAAGUUGGCAUUCCAUAAAUGUUGUUAGGUACAAUGAAUGCUGAACGACAUAAUACUGCACACUCAAUCUCGGAAAGAAUAUGUCUGUUGUGAAACUGAAGACUGUAAGAUGGGUCAUUGAAAAUUAAUAUUAAAAUUCUUUCACUCAUUACACAUAAUUACGUAACGUGAUCAUGAUUUCACCAGUUCAGCUACCAACGUAGAUUACUAAAGCCGAUUUGAUGCGAACAUCACGAGCUUCACCAUUAGCCAAACGACACCAAUUGGAAUACCUCCGAUGGCACCCUUUCCCAUUCUGUCGCUGCAUGAUCACAAGUGCUGCUGCCGUUUGAGGUCACUGUUGUUGAGAUGACAGAACCUGUACGCGGGCUGGAGGACAAACACUGCAGCUGCAGAUCCUCGACAGCGUCUACGAAAUGGACACGGACAAAACAUCGCUUGCGGUGAUCUUGAAAGAAGCCGACGGUUGUAGCGAAGAAACGUCUUUGUCACAUCUGAUCACGACUGUCCUAAUUACACUACACAAAUUAAAGAACAUGUAGUACGCAAAGGGUAACUGAAAAAUUCAUACCUGAAAACCAAGGGAAGAGGCUGCUUGGAACACCUUUUAGAUUCUUGAGCGGGAAUCUGCUCAUUGGCGUUAUCACAAAGUUCCCAGGCGUUGUGCUGCAGGCAGUAGAGACCUCGUGAACCGCAUGUGGAGGAAUGAAAGAAGGAAAAGGAGGAAACUCAAGAGCGCGGACCUGCUUGUUGUUGCUGCGUGACCCAGUUCUGCCGCCUCCUUCACCCAGUUACCUGGUCCACAGCACAGCAGUCAGUGCGCCCCUGAACUUGGCCGCAGCCAGACACAGUGCGAGAGGCAAGCAGGUGCUAGUGUGCAGAUGCGACGCAGCUGGGGCGAGGAUCCGAUACGAGACGGGCUGCUAGGAUAUUCUUACCACCACCGGUAAGGAACAGAGCUGUGGGCUAUCAUAAACUACAAACCACAUGUGGGAGAGCCCACUGGUUAUGGUGUGGUGGUUUCAAGAGUACGGGGAAGCGGUAGUGAAGGAGACACAGGUACUACAGUAGGGGGAAGUAAAGGAGAGACAGAUCCCACAGGAAAUUCUGGAGGCACAUCCCCCUUUCGCUGUCAUGCCAACGUGACAACAUCGCCGACUUAUGGCGCAGUCCGGGGCGGCACUGCUGCUGUUGCUGCUGUAUUGCUUCUGGGCGACUGGAGACUACCAGGACCCUGUUGACAGUCGCAAACUGUUCGGCGGGUACAGGAUCGUGCCGAAGCCGUGCCGGCCUGACAGCGACGCCCACUCUGAGAAUCUCGGUAUCUGCAUGUUUAACUAUGAGUGUGCGGCACGAGAGGGUGAAGUAGUGGGGGCGUGUAUGGACGGGUUCCUCUUCGGCGCGUGCUGCCGUCUACCCCCCGGACAAACCUUCGAGCUGCCCGACACCGACCUGCUGCUCGAUAACGUAGCUAAUUUUCCACCCGACAAUCCCAAUUCCAUCGUCGCGACCAGCAAGCGACCCGAUUACAUGGAGUCAUCCUCCAUCAACGAAUUACUGCACAACCCCUUCCUACACGUGUCGGCCCACCCUGACGCCGACACGGUGCUCCUCACAGGCGGCCUCGAUCAUCCUGUGGCAGAGACAAAUCGGCCGAGUUCAGGCACUACGCUGCAGCCAGAUCUGAGCACGUUCAGCUAUGUGCAGAGCAACAGUGUGGACGAACAGCCGUCAACGCCAAAAUACCACCCAGAGGAGAAGAGCACAAUGUCUGUGACACCGACUUAUUACUCGACGGCUAGCAAGUGGGCGACAUCGUUCAGACCACACCCCACCCCAUCGCACGAAUACGACGAGGGACUUAUUCUCGUUCCGACCAUAACUAAGCGCCCUGAAUCAAUACCGAACCCAGAGUCCAUCAAUCACAUAAUCUCAUUGCUCAACGACACAGGCGGUGGCCUGGUCGAUCCAGGACCUGAGCCUGAACCUGAGAUCAUCUCACUGGGCAAUUCGUCACCUGCGGGUUUGUCCACGUGGGUUGCUGUGAACGGCAAGCCCUCUCCUUCAACAUCAUGGAAACCUGAUACUACAGGCUACAGCAAGCCUCCACAAUCCCAUACCACUCUAUGGCCAGGUUUAUCAUCUGGCAGCACAAGCUCACAUCAUGUGGUGGGACCAUCAUUUGAUGUCUUUACAACCCAGCAGGGCACCUCGAGACCUGCACCUACUGUCAUUGUGCUUGGCCCAUUUUCAUCUGAUGUCACCACAACAGCCACUUCUUCCACUAAGUGGCCUGCCAUCAUUACAAGCAGCAAUAAGAUCAGUUCUACAACUUCUACUUUGGUAACAAAGCGACCAUCUACAGUAAAACCAUCUACAGGUUUCUUUAUAACCAAGCAGCCCUCCAGCACAACGCCAAACUUAAUAACUUCACGGCCCAGCUCUACACAAUUCACUAAUAGGCCCACAACACAUUACAGUGACCUGUCUACAGCACAGUUUACUUUUAGACCAACCUUGAGCAUAACACAGAGCACAAACCGACCCAGCCCUGUACCAACACAUUUCACAGAUCGGCCCAACUUAGGAACAUCAUCUUUCACAAUUCGGCCCACUUCAAGUAUUACACAAGUUACCAGCAGCAGACCUAGCACAGGAACAAUAUUUGUGACUAACAGUCCAGGAGUGACAAAUCGGCCCACAUCAGGUACUACAAUAGUCAGCAAUCUACCAUGGGUAACAACCCCAAUUGACUAUCCAGAAACUACUUUAGGAGCAGACCAUCUGGCCAACUUCCCUCCUGUAAGGAACCCUUCCUUCAAUAUGACGCAGCAUGAGCGUCCCCCAGUGGUUCUGCCUCCCAACCCUGAGGACCUGUUCAAUGUGGAUGACAUUCCCACUCCCAUGUUUGUGGAAGAUGACAAGUUGAACAACAAGUUGCAGACCUUUGUAGACAAGAUUGUACUGUCUCUUGAUGGUAACUUCCAGGACUUGGAGGAGGUGUUGCACAGUGGGAAGAAUGUGACAACCACUUCUAUCACCACAACAAGGAGGCCCCCAACUUCAAAAAGACCGACCCAGGUAACAACAACACGUAGACCAACAGUCACAGGUUUGACUCCUGUGCAGAAGCCCAGCAUUUCUACUACAUCACGACCUCAGACUCUAAGGCCUCAACCAACACGGCCAACGCUGACUACGAGACCUAGGCCUUCGCCAACUACUCGACCAUCCAAUGUGAGACCCUUACAGACAACACAAACAAACAGACCCAGUACAAAACCCACACAAACUCUCAGACCCAGUAUAAAACCCACACAAACUCUCAGACCAACCACACAAUCUUCCAGACCUUCGCAGACACCACGGCCAAGGCCAACAAGCAUAAGGCCUUCUCAGAGUCCAAAACCAUCUUCACAGCAGCCAUCACGCCCAUCCACCACAUAUCGACCUGGGAACACUGUGAAAGUGACGACCAAGAGAAGUACAACAACAAGCUCAACCACACAGCUCCUGCUGCAACAAGAUGAUGUAACCUCCACUAAAUCAACAACAGAGGAGCCAACCACCUUGCUGGACUACACAUUGACAACCAAUGAUGAGGACCUCACAACUUCGUCUCAUCCUGUUGACUAUAAGCAUGAGUGUGGGGUGAGGCCCCUCAUGAAGAAGACUGGACGUAUUGUGGGUGGAAAGGGCGCCACUUUUGGGGAGUGGCCAUGGCAAGUACUAGUGCGAGAAUCCACAUGGCUUGGACUGUUCACCAAGAACAAGUGUGGUGGUGUGCUUAUUACCUCACGCUAUGUUACCACAGCUGCGCACUGUCAGCCUGGAUUUUUGGCAAAUCUUGUGGCAGUCUUUGGUGAGUUUGACAUCAGUGGGGAACUUGAGUCACGUCGUUCAGUCAUGAAGAACAUACGACGUGUUGUUGUGCACCGACAAUAUGAUGCUGCCACUUUUGCAAAUGACCUGGCACUCCUGGAACUGGAGUCACCUGUGGCCUUUGAUGAGCAUAUUGUGCCCAUCUGCAUGCCACAUGACAAGGAAGACUUCACUGGCAGGAUGGCAACAGUCACUGGAUGGGGUCGUCUUAAAUAUGGGGGUGGAGUACCAAACUUGCUGCAGGAAGUGCAGGUGCCAGUGAUAGAGAACAGUGUGUGCCAAGAGAUGUUCCACACUGCGGGCCACUCCAAAGUUAUCCUCAAUAGCUUCCUGUGUGCAGGCUAUGCCAAUGGACAGAAGGACUCAUGUGAGGGUGACAGUGGUGGUCCUCUAAUGCUGGAGCGAGAAGAUGGCCGCUGGGUGCUGGUUGGGACAGUGUCACAUGGAAUAAAGUGUGCUGCUCCAUAUCUGCCCGGAGUUUACAUGCGUACCACAUACUACAAGCCCUGGCUGCAUGCCAUAACUGGCGUAAAUUGAACUGCUACCUGGAUAUAACUUAUACAUGCUUGAACAAAUGAAACACUGACACACAAUAUUGUGGAUACUAAGUGAUGUUAUCAUUGAAUUCAUGUUUGUUAUUAGUGGAUUUUUGGAAUCCUUAGCGUUCGUAACGAAACUUUGAUAGAAAGUUGGAUCUUCACUUAAGUUCCAUCUGCCAAGUAUUUACUUCAAAGUAGUACUAUAUUAGUUUGUCAUGGUUUGCUGGGCUGUGAUGCCACGUGUUCUUUUAGGUUUCUACUAACACUGGAAGCCACCUACAAAACUAUACGGCAGCACAACCCAGAAGACCAUGACUGACAUCUUUACCACUAUGAGAAAUUCAGAUCUCAGGUACCAUAUGGUAUUUAUUUUUAUUUUUGCCAAAUGCAGGUUCUUCAAAAUGUCCUACUGUGUCAUAAACAUAUAUAUUGUUGGGUUGAUGCAGCUACUUCAUACUGCUGUAACAAAUCAUGUCUUCCUAGAUUGCUGCCAGCUAAUUAUAUCAGUCUGAACAUAAUUAAGCCAAUAUUCCUUACUUCUGAAUGAUUCAACUUGUUUUUAGUGCUCACACAGAGACUUCUACACCUCAGUACAAUGCAAGUCUUCCUGGAUUUAUCUGACCAUAAUAUAAAUCUAUUCCUUUCAUAAACACAAUAUGAUAUGCUAUAAUUGACUAACCAUCAGGAAUGUUGGUGUUAUUUGUAUGUUUAUUAACCUUUAUCUGCUGUGUGUCAUUGCUUAUGCAUGGGCCCAGGUAGCAAUGCAUUACAGUAGUAUGUUAAUACCAUUAAGCCGCUAAAGUUAAAAUCUGGUUUAUGGUUCCAUAAUACAAGAUUUAAAUCUCCUGUUUCUAUACAAUGAAGGUUAAUGGUAAAUGGAACAAUUAAACAAGAGUGCAUUAUGGAAUUUUCGUCAAACUGCAAUCUCUGUACACAUAAUUUCUUUUGUCAAGUUUCUGAAAAUAUUGCUUAGUAGAUGUCACUUUCUAACAUAACUUCAGUUUUGUUUACAUUCUGUAACAUAUAUCUGUUAUAAUCACAGUUCCAAAUAGAAUCUGCUUUUCAGUUUGAGAUCUGGUCCAGACCCCUGAAAUGACUUGAUGCCAUAAUGGAAAGUAUAAACCAAAACUAUGUACAUUCUGCAGUGUUCAUAUUCAUUAUUGCCUCUGUGUUUGGGCACAUCAAGAAUGAAGUUUCCCUGGACAAAGGUUAUGUCAUGCUACUAUGGUUGACUGGAAAAGGUGUUUUGAUUUUCCUAGUCAUUUUUAAUCCGAUUUCUUUAUGCUUGAUGUUCCAUUUACAAGUGACUGUUUCUGCCAUCUUGUUGACAUUAACUACAGCUGAUUUUUUGUCAGGUGUAUAUAUGUGUUCACUGCAAUAAUUUAAUAAUUCUGGGCUAAUAAACUGACCACUUACUAUGGUCACUAAGUAUACAAUGUACUGAACUUUAGCUCAGUUUCCAGCUUCCAAUAUAAUGUCUCCUCAUUGAUUCUUCAUGAAUUAAUCUAAUUGUGGGUUUUGUGAACAUUGUUAGCCUUAUCAUGACAAGCAUUUGUCUGCAUGGCCUGAGAUACUUUCUGUCAGACACCGCAAGUUUCAAGUGCAGUGAAGUGGUCUGUGUGUGGUGUCACCUAUGGAGUUGAGGCUACAGCCACUAAGAAAAGACUUGAAGAACCAUGACAGUUGCUGAGUAGUGUGGCUGAAGCCAUGGUAUCUACUGUUAAGUUAUUUUAUUUAUUACAAGGAUUUAAUUAUGAUGAAAACAUAUUUAUUUAAGAACAAAUGAAAUAAAAGCAUAACCAGUUA